CCCCUCGCCCGCUUCCUUACUGACAGUAGAGAUAAUCCCCGCCCCGACAGACAAUGGCAGGUCAUCCCUUCAUACAAACAUAAUCAUAAACUCUCUGCAGAAAAACAGUACGCCUUGCUUCCAGUCAUCAACAACACUGGUCAUGAAACCCCCAUACCUCGCCGUGGCUAUCUACCAUCCCCGCUACGGCAACUUUCAACACUGGGCCCUCCAUCUCCACUCAGAUACCGAAGACCUCAUCUUUGAAGUCGAUGGCGAGCAUCCCUGCUUCCAAAAAGUCGUGUCCAAUGGGCUUCCUUCCGAUAACCUGGGUUUCAUAGAAUCUCUGUUUGUGUGUCAGAUCGGCAGCCCCGAUAUCCCGACCGUGAAGGAUGUUGUCGACGCCACACCGGUGGACAACGAGACCCUCGAGUGGGAUUGCCAGGACUACGUGCUAGAUAUACUGGAGGGAUGUGAGAGGGAAGCUGUGCUGGAGGAUGAGGAUGCCGAUUAUGCAGAGGCUAUGGAGAUCCUACGAAGUAGACGGGGGCCGAUCCUUUAGCUUAGCGUCCAGGCGAUCCCUAGCUGAUAAGGGCAGACGCAUAAUGUUAAGACUCCGGAACGCCCUCCGACCUCGGGUUUCCGAGCCGAAAAGUAUACAACUGGCUAUCUUUACAUCGAUAAUCAUCGAAUCAUAUUCACAUUGAACUUGAACGAUGGAAGAACGUGGUU